ACAAAAUGGCGGUUUGACUUGUUAUGAAAUGGUUGUUAUUUUUGUUGGAAAUUCAAGGCAGUCAUAUCCAGUCUACCGCAAGAAAUAAUGGGAAAGACUAGAGCAAAGAAGCGUUCGUCAUAUCGAUACAGAGCCACAGGUCUUCCAAGUGUGAAAGAGGUGGAAAGUGAAGCUCAAAAGGAUGCUGGUGUCGGUGUCAAAACAUUACCUCUGGUCGAAAAGUUGACAAGUGCUGUUUCUACUGAACGUGAGUGUGCAUGUGCCAGUCUGGCCAACCUUGUGUUUGACCAUGCAGCCAUACCAGCCCUUUUACAACAAGAUAUUGUGAGAAGGCUUGGCCCCUUGCUGAUUGAUGAUAAUAGAGGAAUUCAGGAAGGGGCUGCCGGUACAUUAAGAAAUCUGAGUAUUUCUGGUGGUCCCGAGGUGUGUAUUAAAAUGGUGAAACAAGAUGUCAUGACUCCACUUACCACAUUUGUACAGCAGUCUCUUGAUUCGUUGGGUGCCAUUGACGAGACUCUAGGGAGUGAGUUUAAAAGACAGUCUACAAGCUUGGCCAUCCAGGCUGUAAGCUUAUUAUGGAAUCUUUGUGAAAGCAGUGAUGUUGCUGUGGAUAUUUUCAACAAACAGGGUCUUUUACCAUACCUUGUUGCAAGCCUGAAGACUGAAAUUUACCCAACAAGUGUUGCAAUUCCAGCAGCUCAAUGCCUUCAUACUGUCACUGAAGACAAUUCUUCAGCUGCCCAGUGCCUUUGUUGUUCAAGUGACCUCAUGAAGACCCUUGAAAAGUCACUCAUGGCUGAUGGGUCUUCUAGUGACAUGCUUCUGUUAAAAGUUUUGACUGCAGGUGUGUUGUAUAACAUCCGCUACAGUAUUCCACCAGUCAGUUUUCAUGAACUCCUUCAGGCUGUUGUCAAAGUCUUGGCCCAAGUUCUUGAUGUGAACUGUUUUGAUGUCAUCAAUAAACUCCUUCCAGAGCCCACCAAGAUUGAAGAUGUACAGAUGCUGUUGAAUGCCCAGCAACUUGCUUUAGAAAUUCUCUCAAACAUGUGCUGCCCUGAGGAUUCUAAUGACGACGAAUGGGAAGAUGUAGAUGACUGUAUCAGCUUGGACUCAGCUGAUGAAGAAGAAGUCCCACAAGAGGCAGCUCAAUAUGAUGUCGACAUGAAUUCUGAAAGUUUAUCCACGGAAAUGAUCAACGCAAUUGUCACGCAAGGAGUUCCAAAAAGGGUUCUUUCGAAAUGUUCAUUUGGUGAAGCGACUAUGUAUGAAGCUUUGAGUGCUCAUGCUGACGGAGAGAAGCUGCUUCACAUAUUAAGCACAGUACAAGCGAGGGCAUUGAUUUGCCUUAAUAACAUUGUGUCAGCCUUGGAUACAGACCUGCUGGGGGGAGAUGAAGCAUUGGGACAACUUUGGAAUUCGCUUUUCUCUCUAACCUUUACAACAGACACCAAAGUAUUUGUUUCCCGCGAGGAAGACUUUUUAGAAGCCGCCACAGGAGUCCUUCGAUCAAUUAUGGAUAAAAUGUCCUCUGUAAAAGAGCCGCAAUGCAUCACGACUGAACAUGUGACAACACUGUGUAGAAUCACGGCUGACACGUCAUGUGAAGCUGCUAAGGUCAAGCUGCUAAGCAUCCUGGGAAUCAUUGGCAAGAUGGCUGGCAAGAAGGACAACACUCUCGAGGUCCUAAAGUCCCUUGGUGUCGUGUUUCGUGACAUCAUUGUCGGUGAUCACAGUUUAUGGUUGAUAUCUGAAGCGCUGGACGCCGUCUUUGAUACGUUUGCGGACGGACCGUUGGUCAACACUGCUGCAGAUUCAGUUGGCCUUAUGCCAAACUUAGUGGAGCUGGUACCAGUCCUCAAGAGCAGGAUAAAGACUGAACGAAGAACUCUGGGAGACCACUUCCCUGUGAUAGAUGCUGCGAGGGUAAACCUGACCAGAUUCAUAAAAUAUAAAUUCAAAGGCCAUUAGGAACUUGGUGGCACAAACGGCCAGCUUGCCGGUUGUACGGCGAGGAUCACACUCUGAUGAUAUUUGUCUACCUUCUACUCUAUACUGAUAUCAACUACCAAUUUAACACGUGCAGACAUCACGACCAUACACUAAACACGUACAGUUGCUUUUCCAGAAAAUCCGUUUGGAUUCAACUUCUAGGGAUCGGCAAUCGUGGAAACAUUCUUUUAAGACCAAUUUUUUUUGGUCAAAAUUUAGCUUCAUUUGACGACAAGUCGUCACGUAACAUGAAAAAGUGGCAACCUACGACUCUUCUCUCUCUUCGAUUUAUGUUGUUGUUAUAUUUUGCAAAAGAGUGUUUUUUGCAUAAGACAAUAACGUCACAACAUUUAUUGAAAGAAGGAGGAAAGGAAGGCACUAUGUGUGCGCGUGAAUGAAGAAUGACUGAAAAUUUUUAAACAUAUUAAUCACUCCGCAAUUGAAGGACCUGAAACCUUGUUAAUUUAUGGCUCUACUAAGUAGAGACGGGUUCCAAUGAAUUUAGAAAGAGGGUUUUUGUGUUAUUUUAAGUCUUACGAUAUAACAAAUCUACUAUAUCGUGCUCUUCUCCAAUAUUUUCUUGCUUAUUCAAAUGACAUACAACAAUUCAAUAUGAUCGUUCGUCUGGUGUACUGAAUGUAAAUAGUAAUAUGAAGUCUACUUCAUAAAUGCUGAAAUAUUCAUUAAUUCUGUUCCUUUGCGUCACUGGUAAACUCCAAAUUUUGGUUACUAGAAAUUUUGCUGAAUUUUUUUCUAGAUUUGCCUACGAUCUACUUUUCGUUUCUCUGUUCUUUGUGUUUCCCUUUUUGUUAUCAAAUUGUAUCACCAGCCUUUUGAAGUAUCCUUGGGAUUGAUCCUUAUUCAUCACCUGUGGAAGGGGGGUCGGACGAUUACAGUUUGUUACGACGAAAUUUACCUGAUCCUCCUCUAAGGCUCUGUAAUAUCCAUAUGAUCCCCUCUGACUGGUAGUCAUAUUUCUUUAGUCCUUCCCCCCCUUUAUAC